GGAACUGAUAAUAUUAUUCCAGGUGGUGGUGGUAGUAAUGGUGGUAAUGGCACUACUAAUAUUAGUAAUGUUACACAUAGUUCAUCAACUGAACAAACUGCAAUACGUAUUGUACAACCAAAAAAUUAUGGUACUGUAACACCAUUAAAAGGAUCAUUAGAAGAAUAUGGUCAAUUAGGAAAUAAUGAAAAACUUACAUAUAUUUGGCAUAAUUUAGAUAUAUUUGGUGCUGUACAUCAUCAAAAUGGUUCAACAGCUAUUGGACGAUUAAUUAAUCGUACAAAAAAUUUUUUAUGCUCUGAAAGGCAUAUACCAGCACCAAGAAAACAUUUGUUAAAAAAUGUUUCAGGUAUAGCAUAUCCCGGUGAAUUACUUGCUGUAUUAGGUAGUUCUGGAGCUGGAAAAACAACAUUAUUAAAUGCUUUAGCAUUUAGAUCAGCAUCCGGUGUACAAUUGGCACCAUCAGCAAUUAGAAUGCUUAAUGGAUAUGCUGUAGAUGCAAAUGUAAUGCAAGCACGUUGUGCAUAUGUACAACAAGAUGAUCUUUUUAUUGGUUCAUUAACAGCAAGAGAACAUUUAAUAUUUCAAGCAAUGUUACGUAUGCCACGUAAUACAUCAUAUAAACGUCGUAUUGAACGUGUCGAACAAGUAAUACAAGAUUUAUCAUUGGGUAAAUGUCAAAAUACAAUAAUUGGUGUACCAGGUCGUAUUAAAGGUUUAUCAGGUGGUGAACGUAAACGUCUUGCAUUUGCAUCUGAAGCAUUAACUGAUCCACCAUUAUUAUUAUGUGAUGAACCAACAUCUGGUUUAGAUUCAUUUAUGGCAAAUAGUGUUGUACAAGUAUUAAAAGGUUUAUCACAAAAAAAUAAAACAAUAAUAUUGACAAUACAUCAGCCAUCAUCAGAAUUAUAUGAAAUGUUUGAUAAAAUUUUAUUGAUGGCUGAAGGUCGUGUUGCAUUCCUUGGAACACCAGAUCAAGCAACACAAUUUUUUUCACAACUAGGAGCACCAUGCCCAACAAAUUAUAAUCCAGCUGAUUUUUAUGUUCAAGUUUUAGCUAUAAUACCAGGUAAAGACGAAGAAUCACGUGACAGAAUUGGGAAAAUUUGCGAUAGUUUUGCCACAAGCAGUAUUGCAAAAGAAAUGGAAAGAAAAUUUCAAAAAGUUCGUGAACAUGCAACAUCAAUGCCUAUGGAAGGUGAAGCUUUACGAGGAUAUCGUGCAACAUAUUUUAUGCAAUUCAGAGCUGUAUUGUGGCGAGCUUGGUUAACCGUUUUAAAAGAACCAUUAUUGGUUAGAGUUCGUCUAAUUCAGACAACGAUGGUGGCAAUUCUCAUAGGAUUAAUAUUUUUAAAUCAACAACUUGAUCAAGAUGGCGUUAUGAAUAUAAAUGGAGCAAUAUUUUUAUUUUUAACAAAUAUGACAUUUCAAAAUGUUUUCGCAACAAUAAAUGUUUUUACUGGUGAAUUACCUGUAUUUAUGCGUGAAUCAAGAAGUCGUUUAUAUAGAUGUGAUACAUAUUUUUUGGGUAAAACAAUAGCUGAAUUACCAUUAUUUUUAUUGGUACCAUUUGUAUUUACAUCAAUUGCAUAUCCAAUGAUUAAUUUACGUGCUGGUAUUAUACAUUAUUUAAUUGCAUUAGGAUUAGUAACAUUAGUUGCAAAUGUUUCAACAUCAUUUGGUUAUUUAAUAUCAUGUGCUAGUACAUCAACAUCAAUGGCAUUAUCAAUUGGUUCACCAGUUAUAAUACCAUUUUUAUUAUUUGGUGGCUUUUUUUUAAAUUCUGGUUCAGUACCAAUAUAUUUUAAAUGGUUAUCAUAUUUAUCAUGGUUUAAAUAUGGUAAUGAAGGUCUUUUAAUUAAUCAAUGGGAAGAUGUACAACCAGGUGAAAUAGCAUGUACAAGAUCAAAUGCAACAUGUCCAGCAUCUGGUCAUGCAAUAUUAGAAACAUUAAAUUUUAAUGAAAAUAAUUUAAUAUGGGAUUUUAUUGGUUUAAGUGUAUUAAUAAUAAGUUUUCGAUUUUUUGCAUAUUUUUCAUUAGUUAUGAAAACAAGAAAAAAAGAAUAA